CCUAGUGAAAGGAUGCAUAUUCUCGUGAGAUGGAACUUUUAUUUUACGCAUUAGCACUCUCUCCCCCCUGAGUUUCGAAUUUUAACCUACCGAAAACUACAGAUAAAAUAUUGGUGCUCCUACCGAAAACCGCCAAAAUAAUCUGGCCACAUUGGCUGUGCUCGAUGCCGGCUCAGAAGGUAAACAAAAAGUGUACGUGAACAGCUGACGAGCAGCCGCGUGUGCGCGUUUCGGAGUGUGUAUUUGUGUGCGUGCGUGCGUGUGUCUUUUAUGUGUGUGUAGUGCAGUGUUGUGUAUGUGUGUUUAGAAUCCUUUUGAAAAUCCUUCACGUGCACGGCAAGUUCAAACGACGAAAGCUUAAUUAUCAGCCGGCAAAAUGUUACGCGUAGCAGCAGCUGCUUUGCUUCGUUCAUCCCGAGGGUACUGUACAAGCAAACACGGUACAACCCAGGGCCGUAUUAGUCCGUCCCUGAUCGACAUCGCACCGGAAGUACGUGAUGCCCUCCGGCACACGCCACAGUCGGUAGUGGCAUUAGAAUCAACCAUCAUUACCCACGGAAUGCCGUAUCCGCACAAUCUCGACACGGCACUAGAGGUGGAGCAAAUCGUGAGACAGCAGGGUGCAGUUCCCGCCACGAUAGCGAUUGUGGGCGGACGCAUAAAGGUGGGCCUGGCGGUGGAGCAGCUGCGGUUGCUGGCUCGAGCCGAUAGUGGCACACAAGCGGUGAAAACGUCCCGCCGGGAUAUGGCGUUUGUGAUGGCGACCGGGCGCAACGGUGGCACGACGGUGGCGGGCACACUGCUCGUUGCCGAUGCCGUCGGCAUACGGAUCUUUGCGACCGGUGGCAUCGGCGGUGUGCAUCGCGAAGGUGAGCGCACGAUGGACGUGUCGGCGGACCUGAUCGAGCUGGGCCGCUGCCCGGUGGCGGUCGUAUCGAGCGGCGUUAAGUCAAUCCUGGACAUACCGAGAACGCUGGAAUAUCUGGAAACUCAAGGCGUAUGCGUUACCACCUACGGUAGUGAGGACUGUGAAUUUCCUGCCUUCUACACACGCUCCAGUGGUUCUAAGGCGACCUACAAUCUAACGAACGCAACCGACGCUGCCAAGAUGGUGCACAUGAACCGGGCGCUUGGGCUGCGGUCGGGAAUUGUCAUCGGUGUACCGAUACCGGAACGGUACGCGAUGGAUGCCACCGAGAUGAAUGCUGUGAUCGCGCAAGCCCUCGGCGAUGCGGAACGUAAAGGGAUAUACGGCAAGGAAGUAACACCGUUCAUACUUUCCGCCGUUUCGCAAUUAACGCGUGGGAAAAGUCUCGAGUCUAAUAUGGCUUUGAUAAAAAAUAAUGCCCGCGUUGCUGCGGAGAUUGCGGCAGAGCUAGCACGCAUUGAAAAUGGUUCUUCAACUCCGGCCAAGCAAAGCAACAAUGCUAAAGUGGAUAAGGCUAACGGCGCUGGCGCUCCGCUUAUCAUCGGCGGUUCCGUAAUUGACAUUUGUAUCAGCGUUCUGGAGGACGACAUAAAGCUCGAUGGGGCCACGUACCAUGCCAAGCAGGACACAUCGGCGGGAGGAGUGGCUCGGAACAUCGCCGAAGGGAUUUACAAAAUUUAUGGUAACGUUAAUCUGAUUUCGGCGGUUGGCAACGAUCAAAAUGGGACCUACAUUCGUAAGCUGCUGCCAGAACAUUGCGCAUCAUCGAUUAUCACGCUUGGCAACUGCCCAACGGCCAGCUUUUCGGUGCUGCUCGAUCGGAAGGGAGACUGUCGACUAGUGGUGGGCGAUAUGGAGGCACACCAAGCGAUUACAACGGACUGGAUCAAAUCACACAACCAAUUGAUCCAACAGUCACCAAUGACUGUCAUUGAUGCUAAUGUUAGCGAAUCUGCAAUGGAAACCAUCUUCGAAGAAUGUCUACGAUUCAACAAACCUGUGUUCUUCGAACCCACGGACAUGCGGAUUGCGGCAAGACCAUUCGCCGCCCGGAAUGCCAAACUGGCGGCCCUCGCCAAACGUGCCGUCAAGUUCAUCUCGCCCAACAUUCACGAGCUGGCCGAAAUUGCGCAGGCCCUACACUAUGCCGGUCCAGUUCCGCGCAAGCUAAUGGACGAGUACGCGACGCUCGACGAGCUGCUGGCAGACGUUAAACCGCUCGGCCUGUUUGUGAAUGAAACUAUCGAUCACGUGCUGGUAACACUGGGCCAUCAUGGUGUUGCCGUGUUUCGUCGCACCGCGGCCACGGUGCCCUUUUUCAACCCGUCCCACCAAUACGCUCCAGUGCCGGAAGGUGAUGGCGGUUCCGGGCGUUUCUAUCCCGCUCCGAAGCUAGCCCGCAUCGUGAACGUUUCCGGUGCGGGCGAUAGCUUCACGAGCGGAUUCAUUGUGGCCGCCCUCGCCGGUCGCACGGAGCCGGUGUGCGUGAAUGUGGCCCUGGAGGCGGCCGGCUGCGCUUUGCAGGCGCGCAGUGCCGUCGCGGACCAAUACUUCGACCGCACGCAUCCUUGCUGGGCAAAUGAGGCGGGAGCACCAUAUCGUUCGCUUGACUAAUACUUUGGUGGGUGGGAGAUGUGGCUUGGCUUUUUUCUGUGCCGUGCGUUACGAGCCAUGCCGACAAAAGUAGGUUAACAUUUUAACGACAUGAAAACGACCACCAGUAAGAGAGUGGGAUAGUAUGAAGACUAUGGACAUAUUACACUAAAGGUAGGUGUAGGAAAUUACCAAAUGCUAGCGACUGUAUUUUUCGGCCGCUGUGAGCUACGGCAAGGCCACAUACAGUACUGAGCCAUUCUGGAACCCUCUACAAGCUUUCAAGAUUCCGAUCAAAGGACGAGAUUUCUAUCAAGUUCUAUCGUUUCUAGCAAUGUGGUUGUACAAUUUAGAUGAAAUGGAGAGAAAAAAAACGCAUACAAAGCAUUUUAAAAUCACAAAGCAAGUGGCAUUUUCACACGUCGUUGCAUUCUUAUGCGCUGGGAACUGAUCGCGGGAAUGAUCAACUGAUCAUUGGCGGAAUGAAAAUGCACACCACUGCCGCUCCUAUGGCGAUAAAAAAAAAAAACGUGUAACACACACUACCUUCCCGCGACAUUCAGACAAUGUUUAUCUUAAAAUGUUAGAUUUUAAAUAGCAAGUGGGUAAGGAAAGCGUUUAACAAUUCCAGUCGUAUGCAUUGCACUGUCACAUUCAACCUCUUCAGCAAACAGUAACAACCCUUCGCUGUCUACCUCCGAUUGCCGGACGGGCGCGUAUUUUAUAAGUAGAUUCAAAAGGAAGUAUGCUAAUUUACUCUUAAAUAAAAUGCUUGUUAAAUGCUUUCGAGCUGCAA